CAGGGAGCGGCCAGCUAUAUAAGCCACCCGGCGCGGGCAGGGCGCACGGGCGCAGCCAGCCUGCGCGUCCUGGGUUCUCCUGGCACUAGGGCGCGAAAGCGGGAGGCGCGGCCCGGCUCAGCUCUAGUGUAGCCGCUGCCCGCGAACCCCCUCCCCCGAAGUCAAGUCAGAAGCCGGUUUGCUGUCCGGGAAAUUCCACCUUGUGGCGGCCCGAGUCCAUCAGUCCUUGCGCCCGCUCGUCGCUCCGCAAUUUGAGCGAAGAUGGUGGGCCCCACAGCCUUGGACGUGCCCCCGACGAUGACGGUCAAGAUCUUCUCCGCUGGCGUGGCUGCCUGUGUGGCGGAUGCCAUCACGUUCCCGCUGGACACCGUCAAAGUCCGGCUCCAGAUCCAAGGUGAAUGCCAGACCUCCAGAGCCAUCAGGUAUAAAGGUGUCCUGGGAACAAUCACCACUCUGGCAAAAACAGAAGGGCCAGUGAAACUCUAUAGUGGGCUGCCUGCUGGUCUCCAGAGACAAAUAAGCUUUGCUUCUCUUCGGAUCGGCCUCUAUGACACUGUCCAGGAGUUCUUCAGCGCGGGAAAAGAAACAACACCUAGUUUAGGAAGCAAGAUCUCAGCUGGUCUGACGACUGGAGGGGUGGCAGUAUUCAUCGGGCAACCCACAGAGGUCGUGAAGGUCAGACUUCAAGCACAGAGCCAUCUGCAUGGUCUCAAGCCUCGCUACACCGGGACUUACAAUGCUUACAGAGUCAUAGCGACAACAGAAGGCCUGAUGGGCCUUUGGAAAGGAACUACUCUCAAUCUGACAAGAAAUGUCAUCAUUAAUUGUACAGAGCUGGUUACAUAUGACCUAAUGAAGGAAGGCCUUGUGAAAAACAAACUCCUGGCAGAUGACUUACCCUGCCACUGUGUGUCAGCCCUUAUCGCCGGAUUUUGCACAACGGCCUUGUGCUCGCCAGUGGAUGUGGUAAAAACCCGAUUCAUUAAUUCUCCACCAGGCCAGUACACAAGUGUGCCCAACUGCGCCAUGACAAUGUUCACCAAGGAAGGACCGCUGGCUUUUUUCAAAGGAUUUGUACCUUCCUUCUUGCGAUUCGGAUCCUGGAACGUCAUCAUGUUUGUGUGCUUCGAACAGCUGAAGCGAGAACUGACGAAGUCAGGGCGGACCGUGGACUGUGCCACAUAACCACCUUCAGGAAAAGGCGGUAACACACCAGGGGGAACCUUUGUUGACCGGAUAACUAAAAUCAAAAACGAAAACAAAACACCUGUUUCCCCUUAUUUCACCCUAAAAAGAUAAAGGAGUUCUGAUAAAGAGUUUUGGACUUUUCAAAGAAAAAUGGGUGUUUAUUUCCUGUGACUUUUAUUCUCAGUGUCUCAGGAAGGAGAAAGCAAAAUUCUCAGCAUGCACCUUAGCUCAUGCAAGGUGCAAAUAAGUGACUUCAUUUGAUUGGCUGUUUUGAGAGGGUGGGAGCCUUACGAUUGAAUAUGAAGAAAUUUAACGUUUUCAUUAUAAUUCAAGUUCACAAGAAAGGAAAACGGCUGCAUUUUAUGUUUAUAAAUACUUAAUGAUGAACAGUUCUCAAGAAAAUGCUGUUUCCUUUUAUUAACCCAGUUGUCAGUUAAUAUAUUCAGUAAAGUAUUCCCAGUACCUUUGAAUGUUUGCCAUUCGGGGUCUAUCUCUGAAUGUAAAAUUUGCGGUGCACUUCUAGCAAGUGAAGGUCUUUAGAAUCAACAAGCGUAAACUUACUUUGAAUGUAAUUGGCACAGAUUUCUAAUUUUGGGAGUCUGUGUUUUAUGGCAUUUAUAACAACCUCUAAUCUAAGACACUAUAAUCUUUUGGGCAUAUUGUUAUUACAAUCAUGAUAUCUGUGUCAGAAGUGCAGAAUUUUUGAGGCAGAAGGUACCUUGGGUGAGACAGAAGAAUAGUCUGGGAUUCCUAGUGAGAUAAAAACAAAUCUUCAUGGCAUCUUUCCAGCCAAGCUAAAUUCAUCAUUAGCACCUGUAGGAACCUUUUUCUUAUGCCCACAAACUGAGUGCAGAAGAAAUAGGGAAAGAAUAAACAGAUUAGAAAAGAAGUGUAAGACAAAACCCAGGCUUGUUUUGAGCCAAAACCGAAGAAUGGAGGAAGGUGUCAUUCUAUUUGUUUUCAUCAGCUCCGCAUUCUGUCUACUGUUGUGUUUUUCCCCCUUGACUUAUGAGGUUUCCCUGGUGCUUAUUUCCCCUGCUGUUAACUGUAAAAUGGUCUUGUAGCAGAGGUCUGCAGUAUCCCUCAUCUCUUUGAUCUCACCACUCUAGCGCAUGCGCGCCUCACUUCCUGUUGUCCUUUCGGCAUCUGUCUAGGGUCUUCCGGCCAGCAGAGCCAUCCGUGUGCGCCUGCGCAUGGCACACUCGAAGAACGGGAAAGAACACACCCCCUGGGAGCCGCCCUUGCCCAGUAACUGAUGGGAGUUUGUGUAUAAAUACUUUAGUCCCCUCGCCCUCACCCAAGAACUCAAAACCCAGUUACACAGUGUUAUUUUGCUUAAUACAAAACCCUUUAUGGGAUGACUUCAGUCCCCUCACUCCUUUACCAGUGUUUCCUGGGAUCACCGCCCAAAUGAAUGACAAAUCCUUAUUCAAGGUCUGAUUCUGGAGGAAUCCAAACUAAGACAAACCACAACCUUGGAGUAGCAUGCUUCUGUCAAAUACAGAAGAAAACAUAAAAGUUCGUUUCUUCGCAGUCAGGAAGUAGGCUGUAGUGACAAGAUACUGUCCCUUGAUCAAACUAUAGUCAGGCUUCUCUGAGCUGCCCUUUUCUACUAAAUACUCCAUAGGCAUGUCUUCAAGAGCCCAAUUUAACAAGAAUCGGACUGGAUAGGUUUAGCCAGAGUCCCUCACCCUUCAUAAAUACCACCCUUGACAACUGAUCAAAAAUUCCUCUUCUACCCUUGAUAUUGGAUCAAUUCUCUUGGAUUUUCUAUGUACACAUUUAGAUCAUUUAUGACUAACUUUUCUUUCAUUCCAUCCACUAGUUUUAUGGCACUAGGCAGAACUCUAGCACAAUUUUGAUUAGAUAUGCUGUGACAAUUUAGAUUAUUCAUCAAAUGUUCACUCUUUAGCCCUUCCUAAUAGAAUACAUGUUCCUGUUCCAUGGAUGUUGGACUUGACCAUGUGAUUUGCUAUACAACCAAGGGAAUGUGAGUGGACACGAUGUGAGCAAAGGCUUGAAAUACCUGUGAGCCAUUGGACUUCUUGUGUUUCUGCUGCACCAUUAAAGAGCAUACCUCAGGUAGCCCACUGGUCCCAGAUGAGUAGAUCACAUCAAGAUGACAGAAGCCAAAAACAUGACCUGUGUUUAAGUUUUGCUAACCAGGUAGCAAAGCUGCCUGGUUAGCCUACCCAUGUGUGAGGAGGGAAUGUUUGUUUUUUUGUAGCCACUAAGAUUUUUGUGUGAUUGGUUGUUAUGUGUUGUUAUUGUGGCAAAAACAGAUACAAGUGGUAACAUCCUUUCUUAAUUCUGAUCCUGAUGUUUUACCAUUAAAUAUAUUGGUUAGUGUUUAUUUUAUAGAUAUAAUUCAUAAAAUUAUCUCUUAUUUGUUAAGUUUUUAACAUGAAUGGAUGUUGAAUUUUUACCAAAUGCUUUUUCUGCAACUUUUAAGAUUAUGUGGUUUUCAAAUGUUAAUGUGGUAAGUUUCAUUAAUUUUAUUUUGGGAAUUAACCUGAGCUGCAAUUGAUCACACAUUAAAACAACGUAUCUAUAUGUAGCUCAUUAUUAUUUAAUAUAUUUAUUUCUGGACUUCAGUAGGUUUCUAUUUUAUUUAGCAUUACAACAUCUAAAAUGACACUGGCAUAUAAUUCUUCUUUUUCAUUGUUCUUGUUGGAUUUGAGUCACCAACACUAUGAAGUUUCAUUGUGUCUACCCUUCGUUAUGUAGAAGAGAUUGUGAAACUGUCAUUAUUUUAUUCUUAAAUCUGUUAACUUACCACUGUGGAACUGUGGGUGUUUUUUGUUUAAUUAACAUAUAAUGUAUUAUUUGUGU